AGCAAUUUGUUCCAAGAACUAUUUAAAGGUAAAUUUUCACAGCGAUGAAAAAGCAGACCCACAGCGGUUAUAUCUACAUCUAUAAAGACCGAAACCUCUUCUUCAUAAUACACUUAACAUGUUGAUUGAGCUACGAACAUAAGUCAUCGUUCACUCUCAUCUAAAUUAUUCCAGAUUUGCAAUCGGCGAAGCAGCAUGACAAUCGGUAUUUUCCCCGCUGCAGGCGGACUCGGAGGCAGCACAUACAAACAUCUCCUGAAGCUUGUUCCUGCCGAUCAAGUUGUGCUUAUCAGCAGGAACCCAGACAAAGUGCCGCAGGAAUACGCGCAAGCUGGUGCCGUGCUCCGUCAGGCCAGCUAUGAAUCAAGCCCGGAGGAACUCGCGAAGGCAUUCGACGGCGUGAAGACCUUGUUCCUAAUCUCUUAUCCAAGCCAUGUUCACAAGUAUCGAGUCAAGGUCCAAAUUCCCGCCGUAGAUGCCGCCCGCCGUGCAGGAGUGAAGCACAUAUUCUACAGCUCUUUGGGAUUCGCCAGUUUGAAGAAGUCCAGCUCCUUGGCCGAGGUCAUGCAGGCACAUCUCGACACGGAAAGAUACCUUGCCAAACUCGCCAGCGAAGAUGAAUCUUUUACCUACACAUCCAUCCGAGAAGGUAUCUACUCUGAGUCGACCCCGAUUUACACUGCCUUUUUCACUCCUGAAAAUGCCAGUCACAAGAAGGAAAUUCUGAUCCCGCACGAUGGCAGCGGGCCCGGAGUAACCUGGGUCAAGCAGGACGAACUCGGCGAAGCCUCUGCACGCUUGAUUGCCGAUUAUGUCGCAGAAACGCAGAAAUUUGAGUAUGUCAAUGAUAUUGUGACUCUGACUGGAAUACGAGAGUGGUCACUGGCCGAUACAGUCCACCUCUUGGCCAAAACACUUGGAAAAGAAGUACGCAUCCGGCAGGUCAGUGUGGAUGAGUAUGUCGCGCAGCCGCAGGUAUUGGAAAAGUUCGGAUCGCGAGAGAACGCCGUGACCUGGGCAACAGCCUGGGAUGCUAUCCGAGCAGGAGAGACAGCAGUGGUGACGCCAGAUAUGGAGAAGAUUUUGGGAAGGAAGCCUGAAGCUUUUGAGACCACGAUUGGAAAUAUCUUGGGUCGAUAA